AUGGAUUAUAAUCGUGAUGAGGGUUUGGAGAACUUAGGGUUUCAAUCGUUCUCGGAAAAGUUGCAUGAGGAUGUCUUUAUUUCCUCAAAGGGUUCUAUGAAUAUUCAGGAUUUGCGUGAUAAAUCGUCUCUGUUUAGUAAGCCGUUAAAGAUUGAUGGGAAUCCUUUGCUUCCUCGUCGGGGCGUGGUGCAGAAAGAUCCUAAGAUCAUUAACGUUAUUGAUGAGUUACAGAAGAUCACAGUUCCAGUUCAGCCUGUUUCUAGCAUAGCUGAUAGCCAGAAUGAUCAGCAUGCUGAGCCGUCAAUGCCAGUCUCCUAUGCAGACAAGCUUCAGUCUUCUGUCCGGAACAAGAGAGAGAUUAACUUCGUACUUAUGAAGCCGCUGGAAACAAGAGAUGACGCGGAUGUGGUUAUUCCGAAAGAUGUGGUCAAGAAGGCCCAGGAUAAACUUGAAAAUGUUUUGUACGGCUACUUCUUGGGCAGCAGGUUGCCGUUUCCGGUUGUGGAAUAUUAUGCAAAGAAUGUUUGGGCGAAGUUUGGGUUUACAAAACUCAUGAUGAAUGCGGGUGGCUUUUUCUUUUUCAAGUUCGACACCAAAGAAGGUAUGUUAAGUGUUUUAGAAAGUGGACCAUGGCUUAUAAGGAAAAUCCCCUUAUUCCUGAAUAUUUGGACUCCCUCGGUAAGUUUGAAAAAGGAUGGGAUUAAAACGGUGCCUGUGUGGAUUAAGUUACAUAAUGUUCCCCUUGCAGUUUAUACUGAUGAGGGUCUGAGUUUAUUAGCGUCGAAGCUAGGGGUUCCGAAAAGACUAGAUGCUUACACGGCUGAUAUGUGUGCUGAAAAUUGGGGCAGAACGAGCUUUGCUCGUGCUAUGAUUGAGAUAUCGGUAGAUAAUGAAUUGAAAGAACACAUUGUUAUUGCUAUCCCUAAGUUGGAUGAAGAAGGUUAUCUGAUGGAAAAAGUUAACGUUGAAUAUGAAUGGAAACCUCAUAGGUGUGCGGCUUGUUGUUUGUUUGGCCAUUCGGAUGCUAAGUGUCCUAAAUCAGCAACUAUGAAGCCUAAACAAGUUACAACCGAUGAUGAGGGGUUCGUAACCGAUAAAAGGAAAGCUGCAAGGCAUGGAUUUCCUCAAAAGAAGCAAAAGCCUAAAGUUGUUUAUAGACAAAAGAGCAGCCAAGCGGGGUCUGGGCCAUCCGGAACAAAAAGUGUUGAAGGGGAACGACACAUGGCUAAGGCAAGUCAGGGAGCUAACAAUAGUAACCUGAAUUUAAAGAACUCUUUUUCAGUUCUGGAUCAAAUGGCUGAUGGGGAUCCAAGUACGAGUAAUAGUAAGGAGAAUAGUUCAUUAGUUGAUGAAUUUGUAAAGCAAAACACAACUGAGAUUUCAGAGUUUAUGUGUGCUGGUACUAAUGACAAAAAAUCUGAGGGGGCAAGCACUCCCGGCCAAGCUGGUGUCCAUGGAAUCUGUAAAGGGGUGUUUAGGUUGUGGGAUUGGACCUCAAACGGUAGCUGCUGUUCUAGAGGUACUCGGAUCAUUGUUGGCUGGAACAAGGAUUUGUUGGAUCUUAUGGUGAUAGCCCAAUCGGAUCAGGUUUUACAUGUGCAAAUUCGUAUAAAAUCUGAUAAUAAAGUCCUUUUCUGCUCGUUUGUUUAUGCUGAAAAUAAAUACCAAGAUAGAAGGGCUCUCUGGGAUGACCUAUGUAAGCACAAGUGUUUCAUUCAGGACAGACCGUGGGUGGUGCUAGGGGACUUUAAUUCGGCUCUUUCAAUGGAUGAUUACUUAGUUGGGCCAUCUACUAUUCCGGCAGGGAUGAGGGAGUUUUAUAAUUGUGUGCAACAUAAUCAACUCUCUGAUGUUAAAAGUCAUGGGUUGCGGUACACGUGGAACCAAAAGCCGAAAAAUGGUAUAGGGGUGUUAAAGAAAAUUGACAGAGUUAUGAGUAACACACAGUUCCUAGAUUUGUUUCCAGAUGCUUAUGUCCUUUUCCAUCCUUAUCGGGUCUCGGACCAUUCGCCAUGCAUUCUUCAUUUGUCGCCGUUCAAGCAUAAUCGGCCUAAACCUUUCAAAUUUGCUAACUUUUUAGCAAGUAAGGAGGGUUUUAUUCCUUGUGUUGCCAAGGAGUGGGCAAAGGUGAUCCCGGGUAAAACUAUGUUCUCGGUGGUUAAGAAGUUGUCGGCUCUCAAGUCUCAUUUGAGACGUCUUCUGUUUGUUCAGGGUAAUCUGCAUAACCGAGUUAAGGAGCUUAGAGCGAAGUUGGAUGCUAUCCAAAAGGCUAUAGACGCCAACCCAUUGGACCUGGCUCUUCGAGAAUCUGAAGCUAGUUGUAUCCAGGAAUUCAAUACCGUGUCAUAUGACGAGGAAUGUUUUCUAAAGCAAAAAUCCAAGGCUGAAUGGCUAGCAGCAGGUGACUCGAAUACGAAAUUCUUUCAUAAUUGUGUUAAAAUGAGGAAUGCAUGUAAUAAGAUUCAUAGUAUUCAAGAUGUUCAUGGGAACUGGUUUAAUGGGAAUGAUGUUUUUGGUGUCUUGGUCUCGCACUACUCGGAUUUUUUGGGUACCCAGGACCAAGUUACCAAGCUGGUGAAUCAUGAUUUAUUUGCUAACGUUCUUGACACGAAUGUUGCUAGCCAUAUGAUUCGGCAGGUUACUCGAGAAGAGGUUAAAAGUGCUAUGUUCUCCAUAGGUGAAAAUAAAGCCCCGGGGCCGGAUGGCUACACUUCUGCGUUCUUCAAAAACUCUUGGGAUAUUGUGGGUGAUGAAGUUACGAAAGCGGUUCUGGAUUUUUUUGAUAAUGGGAAGAUGCUUCAACAAAUUAAUCACACUAUCAUUGCACUGGUGUCGAAAAAUCCAUCCCCGAAUUCAGUGUUGGAUUAUAGGCCGAUAUCCUGCUGCAACGUUAUUUAUAAGUGUAUUAGUAAAAUUCUCACUGACAGAAUUAAAGGUAGUUUGGAUUAUCUUGUUGACAUUAAUCAGUCUGCCUUUGUCCCGGGUAGGAAAAUCACAGAUAAUAUUCUUCUUACCCAGGAGCUUAUGCACAAUUAUCACUUAAACAUAGGGCCGCCCAGGUGUGCGUUUAAAAUUGAUAUUCAAAAGGCCUAUGAUAUUGUGAGCUGGUCAUUUCUUGAGGAUGUUCUGCAUGCGUUUGGGUUCCACCAAAAGAUGGUUAAAUGGAUCAUGGUUUGUGUUACGAAUGUCUCUUAUUCGCUGAGCAUUAAUGGUAACAUGUAUGGGUAUUUCAAGGGUAAAAGAGGGCUCAGGCAAGGUGACCCUAUAUCCCCUUAUCUAUUUACUCUUGUCAUGGAGGUUCUCACGUUGUUAUUGAAGAAGGCUGCCUACUCUAGCAAUGCGUUUCGGUUUCAUCUUUAUUACAAAAAGCAGAAGAUUAUUAACGUUUCGUUUGCUGAUGAUCUAUUUUUAUUUGCUAAUGGGGAUGUGGCGUCGGUUAGAAUUCUUCGAGACACUCUUCAGAUGUUCACAAGUGUAUCGGGUUUAGUUCCAAGUUUGCCGAAAAGUACCGUUUACUUUGGCAAUGUUCCUCGUCCUAUUAGACAGGAACUCCUCCAUAUUAUGCCUUUCCAAGAGGGAUCACUUCCGGUUCGCUAUUUGGGAGUGCCACUAAUAUCAACGAAGCUCGCUUACAAAGACUGCAAAAUUUUAGUUGAUAAAAUGGGGAAGAAGAUUGAUAACUGGAUGACGAGAUCUUUAUCAUUUGCUGGUAGACUUCAGUUGGUCAACUCUGUUCUAUCUGCAAUGCAUAUUUAUUGGGCUACUGUUUUUAUGUUACCAACUAAAGUUGUUAAUGAUCUUGAACGAUGUAUGCAUGCUUUCCUUUGGUCUGGUUCUAACCAUCAGUCGGUUAAGGCUAAAGUGGCAUGGAAGGUUGUCUGCUUACCCAAGUACGAAGGGGGAUUGGGUGUUAGAUGUAUUUCUGAUGUUAACAAAGCUCUUCUAUACACGCAUAUCUGGAGUAUCCUUACUAACAGAAAAUCGCUUUGGGUUCAGUGGAUCCACAUGUAUAAGCUGAAAGGUAGGAGUUUUUGGGAGGUUCCGAGCCGUGGUCGUAUGACUUGGGGUUGGAGGAAGCUUCUCGCAAUACGAAGCUUAAUCCGGCCUAAUUUGUGGUCUUCUAUUGACAAUGGGGCUCAAACAAACAUAUGGAGUGAUAUGUGGUGUGAUCAAUGUCCGUUGAGUAGUUUUAUUAGCCCGAGACGCAUCUCUAAUGCUGGUUUUCAUCUUCAGUCUUCGGUUGCUGAGUUGGUUUCGCAUAGUGGGGAAUGGAAAUGGCCGAUUGCUUGGUAUGAUUUAUUCCCAGUUCUAAUCAAUAUCCAGGUUCCUAUUUUUCUUGAUAGGCAGGAUCGGCUGAUAUGGAAGGACCUUGAUGGCAAUUCUCGCCAUUUCUCUUCUUGGGAGGUUUGGAAUAAUAUUCGGCAUCGUGAAAAUUUAGUGUCAUGGGUUAAUAUGGUUUGGUUCAAACAUUGUAUCCCAAGGCACUCGUUCCAUUUGUGGCUUGUCCUUAGGAAUAAGUUGAAGACACAAGAUAGAUUGUCGGUUUGGGAGGCAGGAAGUGCUACAAAUUUAAACCUCAUGUGCUGUCCGUUGUGCUACCAUGAUAGAGAUUCAAGGAAUCACCUAUUCUUUGAAUGCUCGUUUGCUUUGGCGGUUUGGAAUAACAUUAAGGCGUGGACGAAUAUGGAAAGUGAAAGAAAUAAUAGGCUCUUCUCUAAAAACCAGCGUACGGAGACGGUGAUUGCACGUGAGAUAAUUCGAACGGUUAGACUGCGCCUUUUGUCAUUCAAAUUCAAGUGGAGACCUGGUAUUCGAAGAUUACUCGAGAAAUGGCAGCUUCCUAGUGGAAACGUGGUUAUCGAUCCAGGCUGA